AUGCCUCCUUCACAUUUUCUGGACUCUCUGCUGGACUCAACAGGUGCAAUAUUUGAUCAAGCACAGAUUUCGACUGCCAAUCACCGUAAAAACUGUGUUGCUCUGCAUAAACUUUUUGUGAAGGCCGCCAAUCUUACCCAAACUUCGAAGAAUGGUGCCAUCAUGCUCGCCGGAGAGAAGGCCUUUGGGGACGUUUUUGUUGACAUGACCUCUCGUAUCGUUGUCGUGAAGAAAGGACCCCCUGUCGUAGAUCGCAUUGUGAAGUUUAUUGGGGCUUUCGUCAAGUUUGUCAAUGAGAAAGGUUUGUCUCUCUCUAUGGAACAUGUGGCCCAUCCUUCCGACCCAUCUACUUCCUCAAUCACAGAUGAUGAGGAUGAUGACACUCCUGCGUCUCGUUUCGUUGCUCGACUGCUCAAGUGGCUUUCCCAAGGUUUCGCCGCAAAGAAUAAGGUGGUACGGUUUCGUACAGUGAGCAUAGUUUCAGAGAUGAUAUUUAGCUUGGGAGCGAUAGACGAAGACGCGUACACUGUUCUCCGGGAUGAACUCAUGGAGCGAACACUUGACAAAGAGUCCCUAGUCCGAGCGCAUGCUGUCGUGGCCCUCUCCAAGCUCAUCGGCACCGAAGAUAUUGAUGACUUAGAACCGGGGGAGAAAUCCAUCAUGCAAGCCGUCCUCGAAUGUCUUUGCCUGGACUCUGCCGCUGAAGUACGACGUGCUGCGCUCAUCAAUGUGCCCGUAUCGCCAUUGACUUUACCCGCUAUUUUAACGAGAACAAGAGAUACUGAUCCCAUUAUGAGAAAGCUAGUUUACGCGUCUGUUCUCAUGAAGAAAGUUGAACACCCCCGGCAGCUCACAAUAGCUGACAGAGAACAAGUCGUCAGAGAUGGUCUCGGUGACAGAGAAGAUGCUGUGCGCAUAGCCGCUGGCAAAGUCCUAGGUGUUUGGUUCGAUAUGGUCCAAGUUGAUGGUGAUAAUGGGACAGAAAAGCCAUCAGACAGUAUGACGCAAGGGUUAGUAAGGUUUUUGGAGAUUUUUGACGUUAUUGGUCCUGGGGAACAAAUCGCUACGGAUGCUCUCUUGUCAGUCUUCAUGACAAGAAUGGAUGUGUUGGAUUCCAUGUGUUUUACUAAAGAAUUUUGGGAUAAUUUAUCUCCGGAGAGCGCUCUCCUAGCUCGAACGUUCAUUGAGCACUGUGUAUCUGCUGACGGCCAAGGACGAUUAGACGCGUCUGCUCUGCCUGAGGUGACAGCUUUCGCUUUCCUUGUCCAAGAAGCCUUCAAUCAAUUGCUAGGGGUCAUAGAAGAGGAUGAGGAGGCUAGGCUAUUGGGUAACGAGGAAGAUAUGGACGAGGAGAAUCAGGAUCGCAGAGAGGAACAGAGAACACAGCGUGAAUUUAUCUUAAGCGAGCUCCUCAAGAGCGCUGUGCAUUUGGACUACACUGACGAGGUCGGGAGAAGGAAACUCCUGGUGGUUAUUCGCGAAUUACUUGCUCACGCUUACUUGCCCGAGAUUUUGAUAGAACGUUGUUUGGAUGUUUUAAAGGUCAUUGUACACGGAGAACGUGAGCUUAUCCGGCUUUCGGUCGAAGCCAUCCUUGACCUUCGAGAUGAGGUGGAAAAGCAGGCUGCUGGUGAUUCGCAACUUAUUAACGAUGAAAGCGAAUUAGACCUGACACAGAUGACCAUCAACAGAGAACGCUCUAUGCGCCGUACGAAAGAAGCUCGCGACAUGACCCCGGAAGAAAAGAUACAAGCCGACGCUGUAGAUGUCAGAUGUCUAUCUAUUUGCAUUGCCACCCUUGAACGAGUGAAUUGCAGCUUUGAAGACAACUCGGUCCUUGAGGGCAUUCUCGCUGAUCUGAUUAUACCAGCUGUCAAAAGAAAGGAAUCCCUUCUGAGGGAGAAAGGUCUGAUCAGCUUGGGGCUCUGCUGCCUGAUCGCUAAGAACAUGGCGCUGAGUUCUUUCCAGCUCUUCUUGAGUCAGGUGCAGGGUGCACCAGAAGGACUCAAGCUCAAAGUGCUUCAGGUGGUCUUCGAUUUGUUGAUGGUGUACGACAAGGAAUUUUUCGGCCGUUCGGAGGAUGUAGCAGAGCGUAUUCUCACGUUCUUGCUCCAGACACUCGAAUACGAGGAGUCAGUUGCAGUGCAAGCAGUGAUUUCUAUGGGGAUUUCAAAGCUCUUGUUGUGCGGUGUCGUGACGGAUACAAGGGUGCUUACCAGUCUUGUUCUUGCAUAUGUAUCUCCUGCCACAGCGGAAAACCUGGAGUUGCGACAGUGCCUAUCAUACUUUUUCCCAGUCUACUGUUACUCGUAUCCACUUCAUCAAAGCAGGAUGCAGUCGAUAUUCAUAACAGCAUAUGAUCUGAUAACCCGCGUUUUCGAGGACCUGGAAGAUGAUCAAGAAAUGAUCUCACCUUAUCAAUUUGGAUUGCUCUUCAUCGACUGGACAAACCCCCAAAAGGCUGCAAAGAUGGAAGACACAAAUGUUGUUUCGCGGGAUGUCCAUGUAGACUUGGCGAUCGAUAUACUGAAGGCCCUGUAUGACUCUGACCGUAGUGAUGAAGAUCAGAAGACACUCUCACAACUCUUGGGCCAUCUCUACGUCCCGGACGAUCUCGAAACGAGCUCGAUGUUAAAGCUGGACAUUUUGGUCUCGCAUCUGCAAGAGCAAUGCCCCUUGGAAAACUCAGCAAUAGCGAAACUAUUCGAGCGGUUCAAAAUUCGUUUCAUGAAGCAGUUUUCAGGUCGGCUAGGCAAAAUCCACAGACAGGAAUAUAUUUGCACAGAUGACUUUGUUCAGCUGUACGAGUAUAUUGGGGUGGGUAUACCAAAAUACGAAGACCCUCCUGUCAGCGAUGCCGAGGUCGCCGGUGAGAGUGACGUAGAACCACCUCCAGUGGAAGCGCCUCCAGAACGAGGACGGUAA